AUGUCUAGCGCCGCUGCUAUCAUCGAGACGUUGGUGCAACGACUUUGGAACUUGCAGGCCACGCAUUGCGCACAUGUGGCAUCGAGCACGAUCAUAGUCUUUGACCACUUGAUUACUCUAGACGAUGAGAAGAGCUCGUGGUCUUUGGGGAAAAUUCUGUUUAUGUUUAACCGAUAUUUUGGCCUGGCUUCAGUGAUGUGCGUGCUCUACAUAUGGCCUGCCUUGCUUUGCCUGUUUACACCAUCUUUGACGGAUAGUUUGUGCGUCUCGCAUUCAGUACGCAAACCAGCAACUAACGGGGCUGGAUCAACCGUAACAGCUGUAGGCGCGACUGGCGUCGCCGUUUGCGUUGUGUCCGAAAUUAUACUCCUAAUGCGCCUCUACGUCCUCUACCUUCUCAACAAGAAGAUCCUUAUCGUAAUGCUCGUGGGCUUCGUCGUCUCGUCUGGCUUUGCUGCCGCCAUCAUGGGCCUUGUCAUGCAGCGCGUCACUGCGGUCGUGGUCACCUUACCAGGCCUCAAGCCGAUGUGCGUUCCGAGUAACGUAUCACCGAAGUUCUACACAUACUGGAUCCCUUUCUUGGGCUUCGAGAGCCUGUUAUGCGCGCUCGCGCUAUAUCGCGGGUUCCAGACGUAUCGGAUGGAUAAUGCGUCCUAUACAUCUAGUCGGCUGCUCAUACGCAUCCUCAUACGUGACUCGGUGAUGUACUACCUCGCGCGAGUACUAGUCGAUGACUGGCUCGAACAGGAUGCUGACGCCCAUCCCACCAGCGUCUUCGCCACAUACUUCACUAACAUGUUGAUGUGGGCUGCGGCGCCGCCCUCCCUCCUCGAACUCCCCAUCGGCUUCGCCGUCGCCGUCUCCUGCGUCCUCGGCAAUCGCAUGAUGUUCAACAUCCGGCAGGCCAGCCUCGACACGCAACGCACCAAGCUCCCCAUCCGCUCGCCCUCCUCCGCCGGUCGCUACUGCUCCACCCCCGCGAGUGGUCGCUACUGCUCCUCCCCAACAAGUGGUCGGUACUCAGCCUCCGGGAGCCGCCGCUACUCCACCCCGCCCGUCCCGCGCUUCACCCGCGAGGUCGUUACCGUGCGCGACGGGUCCGUGCAUAGGGAGAUCUGCUACCAGAUCCCGCCGGCGGUGCUGAGGAGGGACUCGGUGAUUUGUCUCGAUACGAUGCGGGUUGGUCAUGGAAGGGGUGAGAGUACGGGGAGUGAGACGACAAGCUCGCCGACGAGCAGUACUUAUACGCAUCAGACUGUGAUAGCGCUGUAA